GAAGGCUGAGGAAAGCAAGAGGCUGAUCUUGAGCUGCUUUGCUUGUAUGAGGUGGCAGUGCUGGAUCCUCAGAUUAUAUAUACACACAGUGGACACACACACACACACACACACUCAUACACACACAUACACGGCUCUCAGGCACAGAGUCCUCCCAUCAGCUCCUCCUCUCUCCCAUUGCCUUAACAAUCAGCUGCCAGAGAGGCCACCAAUCGGUCCACUUCACAACUACUCUGUCUUACCAGGCUUGUGGAGGACUUGGCAUGGAAACCCCUGGCAUGAGGAUUCUUACUAUGAUCAACUAAAAAAAAAAAACUGCCUAGGAUCUGGUUGGCAUAGGAGACUACAGUCACUACAGCAGCAGCUGCAGCAGGAAGCGCAGUGUAAAAAAAAGCAGAAGAGGAACAAGAUCACACAUACUGUAAGUUGAUACACAAUUUUGCUCUGAUGGGGGACUCAAGACGUUCUACACUAGUUUCCAGGUUGCCAAUAUUUAGACAUAGUAUUGGCCGAAGGAGACAAGACUCUCUGCCUUCCUCACCUUCAUCCAACAAUACUAUUGGAUUUCACAGCUCAUCCCCAUCUAGUACUAAUUCCAGCUCAGGUAGCACUGGAAAACGCAGAAGUAUAUUUCGCACUCCAUCUUUGGUUUUUCAUCACAGGAAAAAGAGUGAUCAGAAACUUGACUCUACCAGCCAUGCAACAAACCUUUCUAACGGUGCUCAGGCAUCCCAAAGCAACUCACUUAAAGUGGAUUUGGAAGAACAAAGUAAAACCAAAGGAAGAAGUUAUAUUGCAGUCCCUAGCUCUUCCAGAAAGAAGAUUACAAGAUCUCACACUGAGGACUUUGAAAAGAGGAAAGACCAUUCCUCUAACAGGAAUGUAUUCACAAACUGCAUAGGAAAAAGUGAAAGGGAUGACUCAGGUUAUUCUGAAGAACACAGUAAGCACUCCAUCAAACAUUCCACAAGAAAGUUGCUUCCAAGGUCUUUUUCAACCAAUUACAGGUUUUCCAAACAUUCAUCUCAAAGCCAGUCACCAUCAUUGAUGCAGAAUUCCCAGGAGAUUCAAAAGCAUUGCUUUGAAACUGAACCUUCAGUAAAGCCAGUGUUACCCAUUACUUCUGAGAGUACAGACUACACAGAAAUAUCUCUACAAUCUCCUCUGGUUUCAACAGAUCACACAACUGCCCCUCAGACCCCAUCAGAUUUUACUUUUAUGGAUGAUUCUGCCUCUGAAGCUGACAUAUUGCCAAACAGUGGAAACCAGCAACCUCACAAACAGCAUUUUUGUCAGGCUGUUUCUACCUCACAAACUCUCCCUUGCCCAGACUUGGCAGCUACUCAAGCAAAUAAGGACCCAAACAUUAUAGAAAAUACCACCCAGUGCGAUAGUGAACACAAAGAUGAGACAGAUGUUGACAGAACAUAUUCAAAUCAUUCAUUAACUGGAUCUAGUGCUUGCCAAGCAAAAGUAUUAUUACCAAUUUCUGAACUGUCUACAAACGAUGUUCCGAGCAUCGAGAAUGGUACAGUGGGACAACAUGUAGACUCUCUAUUGUUUCCAAAUGGCACUUACUCAGUCUCUACAGAAAGCCUGCCAAAGAAGCAUGAGACAUCGGUAGAUGGGUGUGAAGUAUCAACGGGAAGGCCGGAACCCCCCCAGUCUAUAUCAGAAUCAAAAAACAUCUGUUCUCCUGAUCCUCAGAUGCCCCUGAUGCACCAUGGACCUGCUAGAGUUAACUACGCCAGCAGUUUAAGUCCAUUCCGAGAAGGCAGGUAUUCUGAAAGACGGCUGAGGUCAUCCUCUGAAGGCACAUCUGGAAGUAGCAGGAUGACGUACAAACCAAAGGAGGGCAACGUAGAGGAGGGGAGUUGUCUACGCAAACAGAGAACAAUUUCAACAUCCUCCAAGAUGAAUAGCAUGGAUGUUUUGAAUAAUCUUGGAUCCUGUGAGUUGGACGAAGAUGAUCUCAUGCUUGACUUGGAGUUUACAGAAGAACAGUAUCAUCGGAGAGUUUGUCGAGAAGAUUCUUACCAGUCUAUAGUCUCUUGCUCAGCAGUGGUGCUUUCCCAUGUGGAACCAACAAGCGAAACAAAGACGUCUAAUGAAGAAGAGUCUAAAAUUGCUGAAACAACAACAAAGAAUCUCUUUCUCCAUUUGCCAAAGGAAAGCGAUGCAGAAGAUGCUAAGUCCCCCCGUGUCUGUCCAGUGCCCAGUAGCCCGUCUGUGGAAUGGCCCUUUCUUCAGGAAGACGGUGCAGGGCUGGAAUCCUUACCGUUUAGACUGAUGAUGCAGGACUGCACAUCUGUAAAGACGGCACUUCUGAAAAUGAAGAGGAUACUGCAAGAGAGUGCUGACAUGAGCCCAGCAAGUAGUACAACUUCACUCCCAAUAAGUCCUAUCACGGAAAGAAACCUUCCUUUCAAGGAUAUAAUGAAAGAUGAAUGUUCCAUGCUAAAGCUGCAACUAAAAGAACGAGAUGAACUUAUUUUUCAACUGCGAGAAGAACUGGAUAAAACACGAAGUUUACAAUCAUCUGAUAUUUCCAGGCAAGAUAAGUCCACGCAGACUGAUUUUUUAAGCCAUGAUGUCCAGAGAAACCCGCCAAGUACAGAAGGCUCAAUUUAUAAAGCUAUCAGACCUGUUCAUUGUUUCCAGCACUAUCAGUUUAAAACCAACAUCUGGACGCAAGACGCUUUACACUAAUGUAUUCGAUUAAGUAUCAUUAAAAUGUAAUAAGCUCCUUUUUUCAAAUAGUUAAUGUGUUCAAGAACAAUGCUGCUAAAUUGCAGUUUUAUAUUAUCAAGAAGGAACAUUUUCUUUUUUUCUGACAUUUGUGUACAGAUAUAUUUUCAUUGCAAGGACUUUAAUAUAAAACUAAGUGUUUAUCCCUCUGGGAGAGAAUUUUUUAUAUAAUAAUUUAAAAUACUGAGGACCAUGCACUUGGACCAGAAGACAGCACAUUGUUUUGAUAUAUUUUAUGUUAAUCAUGUUACAUUUAAGAUAAGCAAGACGCUGUGCUGUCUAAAUCGGAUUUUUUGAAUUAUUUUUACAAUAUUUUCCUUCUGGUUAUUUCUGUAAUCUGACAAAUACUGCUGUACAAUGCAACUGAUAAAUUAUGACAUUAAACAUUUAAAUUUGUAAACCUUAAAA